AUGGAUUUGGAGAAUUUUCUACUAGGAAUACCUGUCGUGACAAGGUAUUGGUUUCUCGCGUCAACGAUCGUGCCUCUUCUGGGUAGGUUUGGUUUCAUCAAUGUUCAAUGGAUGUUCCUCCAAUGGGAUCUGGUGGUCAAUAAAUUUCAAUUUUGGAGGCCUCUAACAGCUCUGAUAUACUACCCGGUCACACCACAAACUGGGUUUCAUUGGCUGAUGAUGUGCUAUUUCUUGUAUAAUUACUCAAAAGCACUGGAGAGGGAAACGUACCGCGGCAGAUCAGCUGACUACCUUUUCAUGCUCAUUUUCAAUUGGUUUUUCUGCGUGGGACUCUGCAUGGCUAUGGACAUUUACUUCUUGCUCGAGCCUAUGGUAAUCUCGGUUCUCUACAUCUGGUGCCAAGUUAACAAAGAUACAAUUGUAUCGUUUUGGUUCGGAAUGAGGUUCCCAGCUCGUUAUCUUCCAUGGGUACUGUGGGGUUUCAAUGCUGUUCUUCGUGGAGGUGGAACCAAUGAGCUGAUUGGAAUUUUCGUGGGACAUGCCUAUUUCUUCGUGGCACUAAAAUAUCCGGACGAGUACGGUGUUGAUCUGAUAUCCACGCCUGAGUUUUUACAUCGUUUGAUUCCUGAUGAAGAUGGAGGAAUUCAUGGGCAAGACGGAGAUAUCAGAGGGGCUAGACAACAGCCACGAGGACAUCAAUGGCCAGGAGGUGCCGGAGCUCGGCUUGGAGGAAACUAA